GGAGGAGGAGGAGGAGGAGGAGGAGGAGGACUCACCGGUCACCAGUCCAGUCUGCAGCCGACUCAGCGUCCGUCUGAGCUGAAUAUUUACUGGAAGCUGAAACCUGUUGAUCUGUGAUUCCUCGUCUGUUUGUGUCUUUUAUUCCUUUAAAUAAGAAGAGUCUCUGAUUGUGGGAGUGGAACCAGAAUCACCUGGAUUAAUACACUCAUAUCUGCAGAUGUUCAUCAAACAAUAAAACAUGAACCGUGACAGCGUCUGUGGAGGAUCCACCUGUAGCAGAGGUUCACAGGUUCACAGAGACUGAACUGAAGCUGCUUUAGUUUGACUUAAACUUCUCUUCCCGGUGGGUGUUUGAAGCCUCUUACCCACCGUCCAUGCACCAUGAAGCGGCCGUGUGAGGACAGCAGCUCAGCGGAGAGCGAGGUGGAGGAGACCAUCGAUGUGGGCAGUGAGAACAUUUAUCCAGGACACAUGAAGACGUCCUUCGUCAGAUGCGGAUCACCGACCACGACCACUCAGGUGAUGGCGAGGAAAAAGCGCAGAGGGAUAAUUGAGAAGAGACGCAGAGACAGAAUCAACAGCAGCUUGUCUGAGUUGAGGAGACUCGUCCCAACAGCGUUUGAGAAGCAGGGUUCAGCUAAACUGGAGAAGGCAGAAAUCCUCCAGAUGACUGUGGACCAUCUGAAGCUGCUUCAGGCCAACGGAGGGAAAGGCUACUUUGAUGCCCACGCUCUGGCUCUGGACUUCCUGUCUCUGGGUUUCAAGGAGUGUGUGACGGAGGCGUCCCGCUACCUGAGCGCCGUGGAGGGUCUGGACUCCAGCGACCCGCUACGCUCCCGCCUCCUCUCCCACCUCACCUCCUGCGCCUCCCAGCGGGACGCCGCCGCCCUGGCGGCCGCCUCCCAUUCCCACCACCACCAACACCACCACCACCACCACCAGCAGCAGCCUCCCCCUCCGCCUCACCCUUUCCCUCCCCAUCACUGGGCCGUGGCCUCGUUGCGUCCCCUCCCGUUCGGACUCAGCGGGUACCAGGUUUCUCCCGACGCCGGAGGAGGAGGAGGAGGAGGAGGAGGAGGUGGAGCCCCCCAGAGGCUGGCGGAGCUAUCCCAGCGCACCGUGGCCUCCUCCUUCUCCACCCAUGCAGACUCCACCUCCUCCUCCCCUUCCUCCUCCUCCUCCUCCUCCUCUUCGUCGCUCGUGCUCCCCUGCACCCCCACCCCCCUCUCCACCUCCCUCCUCUCCCUCUCAGCGUCGUUUCCCAUCGCCUUCCACGGAGGCUUCCCCUUCCUCCCUUCUUCCUCCUUCACCUCCACCUCAGCCAACAGUCCUCCCAUCUCCUCCUCCUCCUCCUCCUCCUCCUCCUCCUCCCAGACUCCUCACAGUAGCAGCACUAAGCCCUACAGGCCGUGGGGGACUGAGGUUGGAGCUUUCUGACUAACCAGCCUGGAAAACAUCUGGUUCUAACAUCUGGUCCCAGACACUCGUUCCAUUAACAACUAAACGUUUGGGGAAGUUUCCUUUGACUCUUUUCCAGCUGCUGCUGCUGCUUUCACAAAGUCACCACGUUUGUCCUGAAACUCGUGUGUUUUAAUUUGUGUGUGUGUCUUUGUGUUGCUCACAUGUGAGAUUUAUUCCACUACUUCUGUUUAAUGGUGUGAAACUCAAAAAGACACGUUCAGAUUAAACAUGAAGAUCCUGAUCUGGUCUCCAGAGUCCAGGUGUGAACACUGAUCUGGAGUCAGUCCACAUGUGGAGGUGUCUGGACCCAUGUGACCUCAUUCCUUUGGUUAGUGUGAAUCCACACACAGUACAUUUACAUGCAUGUGAAAAAAAAACUAAUUACUGCCUUAAUCCGACUUUAACUGGACAACUUAAGCCUGUAAACACGUUACUGCGACUAAAAUCAGAGUUCUUCUCAUCUGAUGACGUGAUUGGAAAUAGAUUUCCCCGGCAUGUAUACGCCUUAAUCAGAGUUUAACUAGACAAUGGGUGUGACCCCGGAACAAAAACAUUCAGAAAAAGCUUAUCGCAGAAGAAGAAGGUAAACAGAGCCGGUAGAAGAAGCACCUGAGCGGUAGCGCCAUCUAUCUGCACCAGGAGUAGCACACAUUAUGUACAGGAUUAAAAAAUCUGAACUAUUAUCCAUCUGGUCGUUGUUUGAGAUGAGAGACUCUAGUUGUUUCUUAUAUGAUGUAUUAGAUCAGCCAGAAAGGGACGUAUUAACCCGCUGACGGUCAGUUAUUCCAUGUAAACUAGGACAAUGACUCAUUCAGAAAGUCUCAUUUUGAGCUUAGCUCCAUUAAACUGCAUGGAAACGUACUUUAAUGAGUCCUGGUCCCAUUAAAAACCACCUACUGACCAGAAGAGGAGUUGAACUCAUUCAUUCAUCGAACCUGUUCAGUAGUGAUGAGACCUUUUAAGAUUCUGGAAACUGGAGCUGAGAAUCAAACUAAACUAGAAACUGAUCUGAACCAGAAUCCACUCAGGAGAUGAUUGAACGUGAGUUCACUUGGCGACUUAAUGUCCCACAGUCAUGACACAAACACAAAAAACAUUAGUUUAUGGUUCUGAAAUAACAGUAGAGAUCCACUUGGUGGCGCUGCUGCUUAUUUACACACAAAUUGAGAUCAGAUCUUCAGUUAUUUGAAUUAAUUACCACCAGGGGAGACCAGGUUGUUAAUGAAAGGACUGAUGCAUAAUGAUCAUAAGAAGAUAUCAAAGAAAUACAAAGACAAAGAGACACAACACGACCACAAACAACAAGUCCAAUGACAUGGUCCAGUAUUUUGUCCAUCCACUCUCUUCAGAGUUUUUUUUUUUAUUUUACCACAUGAUUCUCCUCCGUUUUUGUUUUAAUGUGUCGACUUUUCAUUUUGUGGGUGUUUCUGUUGUUUGUUAUUGUUGAUAAGUCGGGUUUUAUUCUAUAUUCCAACGUUUCUUCUGCUGCAGACGUGAACCCAGAGCUCCAGGUGUGGAUUUAACCAACCACUUCCUUCUUGUUUGUUUGUUUGGGUGAUUAUACAGAACGUCUCUUUUAAUACUACUACGCAUUGACUGGAGUGUCUUUAAACAUCUGCAUCAUCUGUAAGAACCUGUUACAUGAACUCAGACUAACACCAGACACACAAACCAAAGUCUGCAUCUAAAAGUCAACGUUUAACCGACUCAUUUUUGGACAUUUCACGAUGAAGAACCAAAGAGUUCCUGUGAGACGAGACCAGACGCAGCUGCAGCUUCUUCUUUAACUGUGUGUUAACUGUCACUGAAUGUUCCUCCAGAUAUCUGUGUGGCCUCGUACAAAUAAAGAUAAAGACUAACGGUGCUGCUGUGGUGAAAGGUG